GUCAUAUUUUAAAAUUCAAUUCUAACAUCACAACAAGCCACGUGAUCAUGAUGACAUGGGAGCGCUACCGGCCGCCAGACUACGGAGACCUGAUCAGCUUUAUUGUAUACUACAAAGAGUCGCCUUUUCAGAACAUCACUGAGUUUGAUGGCCAAGAUGGCUGCGGCUCUAACAGCUGGCACAUGGUGGACGUGGAUCUCCCUUCGGAUAGAAACGCUGACCCCAAAGUCAGUCUUCAACACCUCAAACCCUGGACCCAGUAUGCUAUUUUUGUGAAGGCCAUUACCCUGCAGGUGGAGGACAAACACAUCACAGGGGCGAAGAGUGAGAUAGUCUACAUUCGAACGCGCCCAUCAUUGCCAUCAAUGCCCAAAGACCCCCGUGCAUAUGCCAACUCCUCGACCAAGCUGUUGGUGAAGUGGUCACCUCCAGCCUUCCCAAACGGAAAUCUGACGUACUACCUGAUCCGCUGGCAGCGACAAGCUGAAGACAGAGAGCUCUACCAACAUAACUACUGCUCCAAAGAGCUGAAGACCCCGAUCCGCAUCCCGGCCACAGGGCUCACAGACAUGGAAGACAACACCAAGCCCACCAAGUCUGACCUGGCGGGUGGAGAGAAGGGUCCAUGCUGCGCCUGCCAGAAGACGCCCGAGGAGAAAGACCGGGAGAAGGACGACCGCGUCUUCUUCAAAGUUUUUGAGAACUUUCUUCACAACGCCAUCUUUCUGCCGAGACCUCCAGACCGCAAACGUAGAGAUGUUUUUGGCGUGGCUAACGACACUCUGUUAAACGACCUUGGCGGGAGGGGGAACAGCACCUUUGGCCCGGGGGAUAACACUACAGAUGGAAUACCUCCCAUCAGGGAGUAUCCGUUCUCCGAGGAAAAAAGCAGAGCAGAAUAUCUAGAAAUCCCAAACCUGCGACCUUUCACUGUGUACCGUAUUGACCUCCACGCCUGCAACGAGGAGGUGGGCCGCUGCAGCGCAGGAUCCUUCGUUUUCUCCAGGACCAAACCUGCAGUCAGAGCAGACGACAUCCCCGGAAAGGUGAUCUAUGAGAGGAGCGACAAGGUGGAGGGUUGUGUGGUGCUGCACUGGAAGGAGCCCGUUAUGCCCAACGGAGUCAUCCUCAUGUAUGACAUCAAGUACCGCCUCGGGACUGAGCCUGAGAAACACGAGUGUGUGUCACGACAGCAUUACCGCGAGCACAGAGGAGCUCGGCUGUCCAACCUGGGCUCAGGGAAUUACUCUGCUCGUGUGCGCGCCACCUCUCUCGCAAGCAACGGCUCAUGGACAGAGAGCGUGUUCUUCUACGUGCCUCCGCCAAAACGAGACAAUGGUGUUACGUUCUACUUGGUCAUCAUUAUUCCCAUCAUAGUGACGCUCUUCAUUGCCAGCCUCACCACAAUUCUCUUCUUUGUGAACAAAAAAAGGAACAGUGACAGAUUGGGGAAUGGAGUCCUUUACGCCUCUGUUAACCCAGAGUACUUCAGUGCAGCUGAGAUGUAUGUCCCAGAUGAGUGGGAGGUGGCCAGAGAGAAGAUCACCAUGCACAAGGAGCUGGGCCAGGGCUCCUUCGGCAUGGUGUAUGAAGGGAUCGCCAAGGGAGUGGUCAAGGACGAACCUGAGACGCGAGUGGCCAUCAAAACGGUCAACGAGUCGGCCAGCAUGAGAGAGCGCAUCGAGUUUCUGAACGAAGCCUCAGUCAUGAAGGAGUUCAACUGUCACCAUGUGGUCCGGCUGCUGGGCGUGGUCUCUCAGGGACAGCCAACCUUAGUGAUUAUGGAGCUGAUGACCCGCGGAGAUCUCAAGAGCCACCUGCGCUCUCUGCGCAAAGAAAACUCCACAACCCAGGUCCUACCCCCGCUCAAAAAGAUGACCCAAAUGGCAGGGGAAAUCGCCGAUGGCAUGUCGUACCUUAAUGCCAACAAAUUUGUCCACAGAGAUCUCGCUGCCAGGAACUGCAUGGUAGCAGAGGACUUCACUGUGAAGAUUGGAGAUUUUGGCAUGACGAGAGAUAUUUAUGAGACGGAUUACUACCGAAAAGGAGGGAAGGGCCUGCUGCCUGUUCGCUGGAUGUCUCCGGAGUCACUGAAAGACGGCGUGUUCACCACAAUGUCUGAUGUCUGGUCAUUUGGCGUGGUGCUGUGGGAGAUUGCCACCUUAGCAGAACAGCCCUACCAGGGCAUGUCCAAUGAACAAGUGCUGCGUUUUGUCAUGGAGGGAGGACUCCUGGACAAACCCGACAACUGCCCCGACAUGCUUUUCGAGCUGAUGAGGAUGUGCUGGCAGUAUAACCCAAAGAUGCGUCCGUCCUUCCUCGAGAUCAUCAGCAGCAUCAAAGAUGACCUGGAUCCUCCCUUCAGGGAAAUGAGCUUCUUCUACAGCGAGGAGAACAAGCCGCCGGACACAGAGGAGCUCGACAUGGAGGUAGAGAAUAUGGAGAACAUUCCACUGGACCCUGCAUCCACCAGGCAGCCCUCGUCAGCUGCUCCAUUAUCAGGCUGUAUGGGAAGCACACCCCCUCCAUCGACACAGCAGCAGCAGCAGCAGUUAUCCCCUGUGCAAGGCCCGAGUACUCCUUUACUGGGACCUGUAUCUCCCUCGUCCCCGGGCCCCGUCGCCUCAGGUUUGGCGUCUCCAGGCCAAGCGUUGGACAAGCACUCAGGACAUGUGACGGCCAACGGGCCCGUGGUGGUGCUGCGGCCUAACUUUGACGAGAUACAACCCUAUGCACACAUGAACGGAGGCAGAAAAAACGAACGUGCAUUACCGCUGCCCCAGUCGUCGGCCUGCUGAUAUCAGACCACCCCCCACCCCUCCC